ACGUUGGAACAGCCCACUUGAGAAUGUUAACUUGAUUUCAGGGAAGAUUUGUUUUCUUGUGUGUACAUAUCUGACAUGGUUUUCUGAUGUGUCCAAGGUAUAGUUGCAACAGUUUCAGGUUGUGAGUGACCAUUUCCUAUUCUCAAUCAAAACCAUGGAAACGGACGGAGUAUCUCUGCCAGGGCGCCGAUGCCAAUGAGGAACGGCGGAAAUACGCAGCGAAAUCCCGGUGUUUUUCUGCACUUGCAGUCAGAGGCGCAUCUUGAGAAACGGAUAAAUGCCCUCGCGUGAAGAGCCGUUGCCGCCAAGAGGAACACAUGUCGUUCUUGGACUGCUCCUGCAUCUCCUCCCACACUCAGGUCCAGCCAAUCAGCAUAGAGGACACGUAUGAGGACGUCAGCCAUCAAUGCCUGGGCAGUGAUGUUCCGGUGUGUUCCGUGUCGGGGAGUCAGGAUGACCUCUCAACUCUCUCUGCUGACCCGUCCCACUACCAGUUGCUCUCAGAGCUGGGAAGGGGGUUCAAUAACCUGAGCUGUGUGAGUAUGGCGCGGUUCAAACCCACCGGGCGGCUGGUAGCCGUGAAGACCACCAACCUGGACGAGUGCACCGAGGAAGAACUGCUGCAUCUGCUGAACGAAGUUCUGUUGUCACGACUCUUCCGCCACCCCAACCUGCUGACGUCUCGUCUGGUGUUCAGCUCCAACUCCCAGCUCUGGGUCCUCUCCCCACUCAUGGACUACGGUUCCGCUGAGUCUCUGCUGAGGUCCUACUUCCCUGACGGCAUGAGCGAGUCUCUGAUCGCGUACCUGCUCUACGGCGUCCUCAGGGCGCUCGAGUACCUGCACCACAUGGGCUACGUGCACAGAGGGGUGAAGGCGAGUCAUAUCCUGUUGUCUGCGGAGGGUCGUGUGUGUUUGUCUGGGCUGCAGAGUGUGUACAGCAUGAUGCGGGAGGGCAAGCGUGUCAAGGCCGUGUUCGACAUGCCCCAACACAGCCCUGCCCUGCUGCCCUGGCUCAGCCCAGAGCUGCUACGCCAGGAUCUCCAUGGUUACGGUGUGAAGUCGGACAUCUACAGCCUGGGCAUCGUGGCCUGUGAGCUGGUCAGCGGCAGGGUGCCCUUUCAGGACAUGCCCCCCACGCUGAUGCUGCUGCAGAAGCUGCGGGGGUCCCACUGCUGCCUGCUGGACGUGCCGCUGGGGGAGCUGGGGGGGCUGAAGGUGUCGCGCUCGGGCGUCGACUCCGGCAUCGGCGAGAGCGUCGCCACCGGCAGCCUGACCCGCACCGCCACCGCCGACCGACCGCAGAGCCCCGGACCCAAGAACCACUCGGCCACCAUACACAACCUGGUGCAGCUCUGCCUACAGCACCAGCCCGAGAACAGACCCUCAGCUUCUGUCCUCCUUGGCCACGCCUUCUUCAAGCAGGUGAAGAGGCACACUCGGGACUCCUUCCUCAGUCUGAUGUACCCGGCGUUGCCCCUGUCCAGCCCCCCCGACACCCCCCCCUCCUGCCCCACCACUCCGUCCUCACACACACCCUCCCCCACCGAGGAGACGCCAGACGGGCUCUGGGACUUCUCCUAGCCCCCCUCCCUCUCUCUCCUCCUUUCCCUCUCUCCAUCCCUCUCCUUCCCUCCAUCUCUCUCCCUCUGUCUCUACCUCUCUCCCUCUCUCCCUCUGUCUCUCCCUCUCUCCAUCCCUCUCUCCCUCCCCACCCGUCACUUGAUGAAGAUCAGCUCCUGCUAUAUUUCUCUCCCUCUCUCCAUCUCUCUCUCCCUCCGUCUCUACCUCUCUCCAUCCCUCUCUCCCUCUGUCUCUCCCUCUCUCCAUCCCUCUCUCCCUCCCCACCCGUCACUUGAUGAAGAUCAGCUCCUGCUAUAUUUCUCUCCCUCUCUCCAUCUCUCUCUCCCUCCGUCUCUACCUCUCUCCAUCCCUCUCUCCCUCUGUCUCUCCCUCUCUCCAUCCCUCUCUCCCUCCCCACCCGUCACUUGAUGAAGAUCAGCUCCUGCUAUAUUUCUCUCCCUCUCUCCAUCUCUCUCUCCCUCCGUCUCUACCUCUCUCCAUCCCUCUCUCCCUCUGUCUCUCCCUCUCUCCAUCCCUCUCUCCCUCCCCACCCGUCACUUGAUGAAGAUCAGCUCCUGCUAUAUUUCUCUCCCUCUCUCCAUCUCUCUCUCCCUCCGUCUCUACCUCUCUCCAUCCCUCUCUCCCUCUGUCUCUCCCUCUCUCCAUCCCUCUCUCCCUCCCCACCCGUCACUUGAUGAAGAUCAGCUCCUGCUAUAUUUCUCUCUCUCUCUCCAUAAAGAUCAGCUCUCUCUCCCCUAUCAUUAGCUCUCUCCCUUGCUAAAGAUGAGCUUCCUCUAUCUAUCUCUCCCUCUUUCCCUCAGAAAUAUCAGCUUGCUCUACCUAUUCUUCCCUCUUUCCCUUCCUCUAUCUAUCUCUUUCUCUUCUCUCCUCACACACACACACUCUCUGUAGGGUGUCCCAGCCCCCUGGUGUGUGUGUGUGUGUAUGCGUGUGUGUGUGUGUGUGUGUGCUUCCUUCUCUGGCUAGCACUAGCUGCUUCGCUUCGCUUCCUUCUAUCUCGCUUUAAGGUGACCUUGUCAUAGCCCUCUCCUCUCUCUCUCUCCUCUCUCCCCCUGUUCUCUCUCGCUCUCUCUUUCUCUCUCUCAUUCCCCCUCUGCUUUCUCUCUCUCUUUCUCCACAUGUAUUCUACCCAUCUCCUCCCCUCCCUCCAUCAGUAGCAUCUUAAGCCGUCCCUGCUGUAGCUGAUGUGUUGACCAGACACUCGUCCAAUGGCCAGGUCCUCCUACCCUCUCCUCUCUCUCUCUCUCUCUCUCUCUCUUCUUCUCUCUCCCUCUCUCUCUCUCUCUCUCUCUCUUUCUCUCUCUCUCCCUCCCUCUCUCUCUCUACUGGUGCUCCUGCCCUGUCUCAGUAGUAUCGUGCGCCGUCCCUGCUGUAGCUGAGACGUUCGUCCAGCGUGCCUCUCUCUCUCUCUCUCUCUCUCUCCCUCUCUCUCCCUCUCUCUCUCUCUCUCUCUCUCUCUACUCUCUCUACUGGUGCUCCUGCCCUGUCUCAGUAGUAUCGUGAGCGGUCCCUGCUGUAGCUGAGACGUUGGUCCAGCGCACCUCUCUCUUCCUCUCUCUCUCUCUCUCUCUCUCUCUCUCUCUCUCUCUCUCCUGGUGCUCCUGCCCUGUCUCAGUAGUAUAGUGCGCUGUCCCUGCUGUAGCUGAGACGUUGCUUCAGGGCACCUCUCUUGCCCUCUCUCUUUCUCUCCUCUCUCUCUCUCUCUCUCUCUCUCUCUCCCUCCCUCUCUGUCUCAGUAGUAUCGUGAGCGCGGUCCCUGCUGUAGCUGAGACGUUCGUCCAGCGCGCCUCUCUGGCCCCGCCCCUUCCUUUCUCCCGCUGUGCUUUAUUUUCUACGCCCACACCACUCCGAGCCUUCUGAUUGGCCGAUACCCAGCGCUACACCCUUACUUACAAUACUGGGAGGAAACGUCUGACGGCGUGAUGAUCACAGACUUGUGUGUGCACGAGACCUCGAGACCGCAAGCGGUCGCCAUGGACACCACUGACUGGCAGCCCCGCCAGCCAAUCACACUAAAGGAACCUAGACUGUGACUUCAGAGCGAGGUCAUCAAACUGAGCCUUUUUUUGCUGGAUAAUAAGGGGGAUGGUGUGUGUGUGUGUGUGUGUGUGUGUUUGAGGGUAGAAGAGAUGUUAGUGUGUCAGUCAAUGUGAUGUGUGUAGUGUAAAACUAAGAGCAGGAAAGGUGUGUGUGUGUGUGUUUGUAAGAUUUUGGACGUGAGUGAAGAUGUGUGGGGUUUAUACUGAAGAUGUUGAUGUACUGUAUGUAUGUGUGUGUGUUCCAUAGCUAUGAAGGGUGCAAACAUGAAGUGUGUGUGUGUGUGUGUGUGUUUGAGUGUGUGUUUGAGAGAGAGAUAUGAGCAUGUCUCACACCCCAGCCCCUAGUGAAGAUAUCAGCAGACCUCCUCAGCCCUGUGAACCCAACCAAACUGAUCAGCAGUACUGUGCGCCCCCUCGACCCCCUCAGAUGGCAACCGGCAGCUGCAGAGCCGGCCCAGGACCGGGCCACAUCCGGCUGAGAUCCGCGCCACACCUGGCUGAGAUCCGCACCACACCUGGCUGAGAUCCGGGCCACGUCCGGCUGAGAUCCGCGCCACACCUGGCUGAGAUCCGGGUCAGAGUCUGAGCCGGCAUCUGCUGCUGUCUGGCCUUCAACUGAACACUGCCUCACGGAGUCUGCGUGUAGAGAAGGAGUUUAAGGAGAGACCUUUGUAGCCUACUGUUGGACAACAGUAUGCGGUCCGAACUGUGAUUUAUGACCUAUGAUGACAAUAAUAACAUAUACAGAACUGACACUUUGUCCAUUUUUGGAAAGUAAUCGUUGUAUGAUGAGCAUUAGGUGUAU